AAAAAAUUCUCACGAUAAAACUCCCGCGAAAAAGUUUGCGGCAAUUGUCAGCUGUGCAGCAGCCGGACGAGGAAGAUUAUCCAAAUCGCCAAUACGUUAUCCAUUGCAUAGGUCUACUGUUUAUUGUCCCUGAAAGAAAUAGUGUACAGGAAAAAGAAUGGGUCGUUGGGGGUGGUCGAAAAAAAGAUCCUUUGGCAGAUCUCGCUUCUCCAGAUACCAGUAUGAUCCAGAAGAAGAUUCUUUACUUAAUGACAUACUUGCAGAACGGCUCAUGAUGGACUUGAUAGAUAGACACAAUUUAUAUCCCAGCCAGCCACAUGGUAGUCAGUCAGUGAUGAUUGAUGAAGAUGAUGAUGAUGAUUUGAUGGGGCAUGAUGAUUUAGACGAUGAAAUCUGUUUUGGACAUUUACGGGGAAAUAUUGUUGGCAUUCAAUAUUAUUCUGGAACUGUCAACAUGAAAGAAAUGGUUGCAUUAGAGAGGGAGCCCGAGAAUCGCUAUGAUAUCAAUGCCAUCAAGGUGAAAAAUGUUGGCAAUGUUCAAGUUGGCCAUAUCAAAAGGGAGCUAGCCAGACCACUGGCUUACAUUAUGGACAAAGGAUUGGCAAGGCUUGAAGGGGUUGUUCCUUUUGGUGCCACCAAUAUGUACUCUAUGCCUGUAGACAUAAGCUUGUGGGGCAAACCUGAGAACCAGAAAGAGGCUGUGGACAAGUUAAAGAAGUCUGGUUUCUAUCUGACUGGUGGGACACAGCCGGUAACCAGCCCAGGAAGUGGUAUGUCAUCAUCAUCACUGGGAGCUUCUGAAUUCUCCUUGGCGGCAAUUGAGCCUAGAAGAACAUAUCUUACUCCUGCAGAGGUGAAAAAUGAGCUGGAUAAACUGUUUGAAAACAUUGAGGAGGGAGACAAAACAAGUCUGGCUGAUCCUGCCCAGGCUAUAGCCACACCCUUGUAUCCCCACCAGAAGCAGGCAUUAAACUGGAUGGUAAAGAGAGAGAAUAACGCCACCUUGCCGCCAUUCUGGCAAGAGAAAAAUGGGAAAUACUUCAAUACUGUGCUUAAUUUUACCAGCAGCAUAAGGCCGGAUAGUGUAAGAGGAGGUAUUCUAGCAGAUGACAUGGGACUCGGUAAAACUCUAGAGAUGAUUACAUUAAUUAUAACAAACUUUGUAGACAACAAACCAUUGGCCACACCUGUUGAUGGUCUUGUGAGACAAUCCAAAUCUGAGAAAAUGGCAGGCAAAAAGUCAAAGAUGCUUCCUACUAGUAGCAGUCUUCAUUCUUCUAUGAAGAAAACACAAAUAAAGCUGGAGAAAAAGAAGUCGCUAUCU